CUCUCUCUCUCUCUCUCUCUCUCUCCCUGCAGUUGUCUCUACAGCUUCUUUUCGAUCAGUGUCAUACUUCUGUUCCAUUCCCUCGUAGCUUCUCAUCUUUCCAACCCCCCUCUCUCCUCACUGUGUGCCUCCCUCCUUCUCUCGCUCCUUCAGUGUUCCGCUCACACACACACACUCUAGACUGCACUUACUCUGGGACGCUACCCCAGGCUGGGUUGUGUUGUGUUCAUGUGCUCGGGACAGACAAAAGGCUGGAGAUGUUGAGGAGCGCCACAGCCGACACCAACUUGGACUCGGAGAGCAAGCGCUCGGCCCACUUCCGAUCGUCAUGGCAACAGCAUGUGAAUGUGUUCGGCUCGUGGAGUAGGCCGGAGUGUGUGCAGGAGCUGCAUCAGGAAGCUCAGCUCAACCUGCAGAGCCUGCUGCAAGACUUUGAGGAGCAGCUGUAUGACAACAGAGUGACGGGACAGACGUUUCGCCACCCCUCUCAAAGCUCCGAGGACACUUCCACCACUCUCAGCCGAUCUCCUGCAGCACUCAACAACAAGAAGCCGGAGUUCAUCUUCCUGCCAGCCAAUAAGCAGGUGUGUGAUGAUGAGGCAGACUCUUUAGGGUUCCGUGCCCAAGAGUCCCCCUGUGGGUCAGAGCACCCCCUCCUGGGCUGGAGCGCCUCCCUGGGUCCUCCUGUCGCUGAGAAACCUCGCUGGCGUCUGGGCCGCAACACUCCCACACAGCUGCUGCCCGUCGAUGCAUCAGGUGAUGGCAAGAUUCUGGCUGUUGACCUGAUCCAGGGCGCCUGCUCUCCAGAUCCUUCCCAGCCACGGUCCCUACAGCCCGACACUGAGACCUCGGCGGAGCACCACCUCCCCCUGAGGAAGACUCAGAGUGACCUGGAGCACAGUGUGCCCCCUUCCCCCAGGACCCCAUCUGGCAUGAUGGAGCAGGCCACCCUCAUGUGCUCCAGCACCUCCUGGAAUGGACCCAAGGGUUCCACCUUCUCCCCAGCCUGGAGCGACUCCUACAACUAUGCCCUAGCACCUGGCCCAACGGCCAAGCAGUCCCCCUCCCAAACAGGUAGUAGUGGGGGAGGAGGAGGAGGGGGAGGAGGAGGAGGAGGUUUGCCAUGUCCCUCCCAAACCUGCUCAGGCCUAUCGGUGAGCUCGAGCUCUCACUCCAGCUCCUUCACCUCCAUCAGUGAGCCCUCCACACAUCACCGGGGGCACACUGGCUGCCCUGGCGUGGCUCGGAGGCCCGAGGCCGAGGGUGCUGUCGUCUCGCCUGGAAAUGGAUAUGGACACAACGAUCAGGAUCAAGUGAUCAAGUCAAUGCGCUCGAAUGCUUUCAAGUUUCGCGAGCGCUCCUUGUCCACACCCACAGAUUCUGAAUCCUUCUGCUCAGCAGACAACAUGUACUGUUCAGCACAGGGGGCGGCACCAGCAGCCCAUGAAGGAGAGCCCUAUGCCCUUCACUACCCCAGUGGCAGUUCAGAGGACAGUGCAAGCACCGACAACAUGUCUGUGACAAUGGCCCCAGACCUCCUGCCAGAUGGGCGUUUGCGGACACGCUCACGUAGCAUAUCCCUGAAGAAGCCUAAGAGAAAACCACCCCCACCUGUGCGCAGUGUGUCCCUGAUGAAGAACCUGAGCGAAGCUGCUGGAGGUAGGGAGAGCCAUGUCAGGGAGGGCAGGCCCAAGAGCCUACACAUCCCACGGGAGCACCACCUUCAGGAGUCCUUCCACCCAGAGUUCCUCAUGGCAAUCAAGCUGAAGCCAGAGGAGGAGCUGGAUCAUACCCACGGGUUUGCUGAACCAGACACCUCAGCUCAGGGCCCCGAGCAGGAACGGGAGCUGGGAUUGCCAGCCCACUGGCAUCUGAAUGAGUGGAAGUCGAACAAUGACCCAUACCACUCACUGUCCGGCUCAAGCACAGCAACAGGCACCACGGUGAUAGAGUGCAUGAAGGUAAAAGGCAGCUCAGAGUCCCUUGACUCCCACACCACGUCCCGGGCCACAUCCCCGUCGCAACUCUCCAUUGAAGCUGAGGUGAAGGUCUCACCAUUCAAGCCCCAUGGGCUUAUGUCUCCAUCCAGUGGAUACUCUAGCCAAUCUGAAACUCCCACCCCCACUAUACCGUCCACUCUCAACACGGGGCCCUCUUUCCUGGGUUGCAAGAUGCGUCCCAAAAUCCCAGAAAGGAAGUCCUCUCUCCCAGCCACCUCGCCACGAGAGAAGACCGCUAGGUCUCGUCUGUCCUUCGAGCUCCCCAGCAAUCAGCUGGAUCUGUCGUCCGUCAAACCCAAACCUAAAGCUGACCGUCGUCAUUCUGACACCUCUACAGCCAGCAAGCCAGGCAAGCGGAGCCCCAGUCAGUCCACGUUGCCCGUGGUUACCCAGACGGAGUUGCGCAACAUUCGACUACGCUCAGUUAGCCGCUCUGAGCUUGAGGACAGCCCUGAUGGAUCCUCUGACAUCAUUGAGGAGGAGCAAGGACGUGAUCUUAGUCCCCCCUACACUCCCGACCCUAAACCCCCCAAACCUCCCGUGGCCAUGAAGCCACCGCUGCCGAAACGCCCGAUCAAUCUAAUGUUCAAGUCUCCCUCUUCCUCCCCUCUGGCACCCGAGUCCCCACCAGCCUCCCCGGAGGACCGGCCCGUGCCGGUGGGGAACAUUUACAUGGUGGUCAGGAAGCCCAAGCCCAAAAGGUCACCGCAUUCCCCAGUAAGCCCCCUGCCUAACACAAAUCAAGAGUAUCAGUCCUAUCUCCCUCCUCUACUGCCUGAGCUGGAUUUGGAGCAUGGCAUCCCCAUUGAGGAGGAGGAGGGUACUUCCUCCCCCAGUAGCCCUGAGAAAGAGGUCAAGAGCAAGACCCUCCCCAGCCACAUGACCAUGUCUUGCUUAGCUGAGCUGGAUAAGAAACGUCCCAAGGUGCCCCCACCGGUUCCCAAAAAGCCCAAUGUCCUUCUGCUACCAUCCCCAUCGUCUGCCCAAACCAACGGAAUUGCAAACCAGCAGCUUCUUCCCCCCAGCAGUGAUCCAGAAUGUCCAGUCAGUGCACAGGAACCUGCACCAGAACCUGAGGAGGUCCAACAUGAAGCUGAAUACCAAGUAUUUGAGAUCGACACUCCAACGGACUCUGCUCCUCUUUCAGAUCUAAAAACACCUGCUGCAGAAACAAUGACAGAAAUCCCAGGAAGCCCUGUGGAGGGAAACUCCUCGGCCAGAGUUAAGAAUGAACUUCACAUAACUGAAGAGACAGAGGAUGCUGUUUUUGCCCAGAGUCCCACUCCUCACACCACAGAGGACCUUUUCACCAUCAUUCACCGGUCCAAGCGAAAAGUUCUGGGCCGCAAGGAACCAGGAGACUCCUUCGGCAGCCGGCAGAGCCUCGUCUCUCCGGUGAAGAGCAGCAGCAGUGACCUGCGAACUCUAACCCUGGGCAGCACACCAAGGUCAAGCCUGAGGAACGAGAACUUCAUGGCGCUUCUGCAGAAGAAGGGCAGCAAAUCCGGCAGUGGAACUCGUGUCUCCGCCAUGGAGCUCCUGAAGAGCACAAACCCACUGGCACGCCGGGUCACUGAGUUCUCUCAGCCUGAGCCAGACUCAACAAUGACCAAUCCAUCCAAAUCAAUCCAAGACUAAACAGCAAACUGUUGUAGGUUCUGAAGGUGUACCAGGAGAAAAAAAAAGAGUGAUUUAUGAGGAUCCCACAAGGUCUGGAUACUCAGAUGAGAUACCAGUACUCGUUGCUUUUUGUUUGAUUUCACCGUUUCACUGAACAUGUUUUCAGUGGUGGUGGAGCCUUUUGUUCAUCCCAGGAGAUGAUACUCCUGGUCAAUGGAGAGUUUUUGGAAUGGAUUAAUCUCUUAUUCUCUUGAGAAUGUAUACAGCAAGUCACGCAAGAGUCUUUUUUUUAUGGGACUGAAUACAUCUGCCGGGGUAAUAUUUUGGUACUAAACUAUACACUUUAAGGACCAAAAUUGCGGUGAGUGGCCAAAAUCAAAUAAAUCAAUUUUGUGCCUGCAGGACAGAAGAAAAAGAAAUCAAGAGAUUUUUGCUUGAAAAUGGAUUAUGCUUAUCACACAAAAAUCAAGCAAAUGUUCACACACAUUCCAUGAAGUGUGACGAGGAUCCCCUGAAAAUAAAGCACUUUUCUCAGUCAAAGGAAGUACAGAACAGAUAUGAUCUAUUAUUUUAUGUCAGAUUGAAGAAAAUGCCAUAUACUUGUAUUUCUGGAUAUCAAUUAAUCUGUAUAAAGCUAUACAUACAUUCAGUAUAUACUUAAAUUAUCUACAGAUCUGUUUAAUCUAAGAGACACAAAAUGAUCGUGUGUAAUUGUGAGUUUUGUGCCCAAUGGAAACUGCCUAUUGAAAGUAUCCUCAUAAUCUUUGGAUUUAAGCACCCCAACACAAUAUGCAACACCCGAUGACCUGAUGACAAAUGGAUCUUCCCAUAUUGCUGUGGCAAUUCAGUAUAUGAGUGAACUUCUGUGUCCGAACACACUAACAAGGAAAAGCCCAAGCUAUAUCUGAACUGUCAAACCGUAACUGAACUGCCAUGGCAAUGCUUCAAACCGUGGACCAAGCGAGGUUAAUCAGGGCUAGAUGGAAAGAGGCUCAGACUGAAGUGGGGAGAGGAAAUGAGUUUUCCUUGUUUGGACGCUGAAAUUGUCCAAAAGACUGUCUGAGAGGUGACUCACUCAGGGGUUUCGCCAAUCUCAGGAGGCCCAAUAUGGUGGUAGGUCCGAGUGCGCCCUGUCUCUAAAAAUAGAGAGAGAGAGCACACUCGUGAACACACAGAGAAUAAGAGGAUAAGCAGAGCUGGCCCUGAGCAGUCCGCUGCAGCCCUGAGUUACUUUCCCUUCGCUUCUUUACCUUGCCCCUUGUCUUUUCUCCACCCCCCCCCCUAAAUACCAUUGGUGAUAUAGCAAAGGUGCUGUCAUAAUGAAUUGCUCCAUCCAGAUAUUGGCUGUCUAGUUUAAUUGCUGGAUUUGUUUAUAGAGUGUUCUACUUACAGCAACCAUUAGGCAGUAAACCAGACUCUGAAUCAGAACUAUGAAUAGGUCUAGAACUGGGCUCUUGGUUCCUGCUCCAUGAGCCCGUCUGCAUGGCAAAUAGUUCUUGUCCACCUUUAAGCACACCUGAUGGUUGUCAGUGUAGUCAUAGUGCUCUUGGGUAGCUGGAUCAGGUGUGUUCAACAGAUCCACAGUGUUACUGAUGGGUCUAGUCGGGUGUGCAGAGCAGGGCAAGACGGCCAACAUGCAGAGCAGGGUUGCCUGAAGAGUUACAUUGAGAACAUGCUGUUUAAUAGCAGUUUUCUAAAAGUUGUCUUCAGAAAACUGCCAUUUCUCUUACUAAAGGCAGAUACAGGCUUUGAGGCACAUCAUUACCGGAGUUGAAACUAUUGGACAUAUAGGACUGGCAUCUCCUGAGCAGAUCUGGGCUCCAUGUCUAUGUAUUGGUGGCUGGGACAUAGAAUCUGAUAAGGGACCUGUUUGCUGAGAUUUUGCUGAGAACUGAAGUGAUCAGUUCUCACAAUGAAUGCCCUGACUCUCUGAUGCAGAAAAAGACAGAAUCUUGGUGCUAUUAAGUCAGAGCGCCAUCUGGGGUCUAGGAGAGGAAGCAUCUUGAGAAAAUGAUCUGACUGUUAACCAAGACAAAAGACACAAAUCACAGCAUUAGGGAUAUCUUGUUAUUCCUUUUUCUGCAAACGACUAUUUCAAGCAUUCAAGAAAAAAGAAGACUGGAAGUAACAAACAAAAA